AUGAAGGAAGCAAAGGACAGCACUCUUCAGAUGUUGCUGUUCUUAUUCGCCCACGAACGUUUCGGGCAGAGCUCUUCUUCAACGUGUAAUGGCAAGGAUCUUGAGGAUCUGGACUGUGGUAAAGUGGUGAAAUACCUGCUGAUGGUGUUGGUGGUGGCAGCUAAGAAGGCCACAACAAGGAGGUGGCUUCAAAAAGACCCACCCAACGCUCCUGCUGAGAGUUCUAAAACUACCAUGGAUCCACCAAACAAUGUGGAAGUCAAGGAAGUUAAUGCAGACUCUAUAACAUUGACCUGGGUGAAUGCAUCUAGCCAACAAUGUAAAAUUUUAAUGGUAGAAUACAAAACAAAAGUGGAGACUGAAUGGACUGAAUCUGACCCUGUGAAGAGAAACCAGGAAACAGUAACCCUGUCUGGACUGGAGCUAGACACUGCGUAUGAGAUCAGAGUCACAGCUAUGAGUAAACAAGGCAGUUCUGUCAGCAGCGAUGUUGUUACUGCCAAAACUACCAUUAGCCCUCCAACCGAAGUAAAAGUUGAGAAUGUGAAGGCUUACUCUGUCUGCAGAGAUGUUGUUACUGUCCAAACCAACACUGGCCCACCAACCAAUGUGAAAGUAAUUGAAAAGACGGCAACUUCACUUACCUUGAACUGGUUAAACCCAGAAAAGUGUGAAGGUGUAGAGCAGUACCUUAUUGAAUACAAGGAGGAACACAGCAGUCGUUGGCAAAAACAAGACACAAAAAAAGAAGUGUACAAAUCUACUCUGAAGAACCUGAAACUGAACACUAGCUACUCCAUCAGGAUGCGCACAGAUGCAAAGAGUGGAAUGAGUGACUAUGGUGACAUUUUACUGGCUACAACCAGGGAAGGGCCACAGGACAAAAAAAGGUUCACUAUGCUGCCAUCAGGUAAUACACCAGUAACCCUACCUCCAGUGUAUGGGCUAAAUUUACAAAAGGCAACCACAGUUCAGUUCAACAAAAUGGAGUUUGGAAAACCCAAGCCAUUAGGCAACCCCCCAAACAGAACCAUCAUGUUUGUUGGUGCCACUGGAUCUGGCAAAACAACCCUCAUCAAUGGCAUAAUCAACUACAUACUGGGAGUUGACUGGAAGGACAACUGGAGAUUUAAACUGAUAGAUGAAGAGACCGAUAAAUCACAAGCACACAGUCAGACAUCAGAAGUGACAGCCUAUCAGAUUUCCCCCACUGAUGAAUUCCAAGUUCCAUAUUCACUCACAAUCAUUGAUACCCCAGGAUUUGGGGACACCAGAGGAAUCAAACAAGACAAGGAGAUCACAGACAGAAUUAGACAGUUUUUUACAAACAAGGAUGGAAUUGAUGAAAUUGAUGCAGUGUGUUUUGUAGUGCAGGCUGCUUUAGCUCGUUUGACACACACACAGAGGUACAUCUUUGAGGCAAUCCUGUCCGUGUUUGGGAAGAACAUAGCCGACAACAUCAUCACUCUGGUUACCUUUGCUGAUGGCAAAAGUCCGCCAGUACUGGAAGCCAUCAAAGACGUCAACAUGCCAUGUGCCACAGAGAAAGAUGGAACCCCUGUCCAUUUCAAGUUUAACAACUCUGUCCUUUUUGUCGACAACACAAGAGGUCAUGGUGACGAGGGAGACUUUGAUUUCAUGUUCUGGAAAAUGGGAAAGGCAAGCAUGAAAAAGUUAUUUUGUCAUCUAGACACAAUGCAAACCCAGAGUCUGACCCUGACAAAGCAAGUUCUCCAGGAGCGCAAACAGCUUGAAACAACUGUUGAGGGAGUGCAGCCACUCAUCAGAAAGGGGUUGUCAACCAUGGAGGAAAUACGAACCAUGCACGCUGCUCUGGAUAGACACAAGAACACAAUUGAAGCAAACAAGGACUUUGAGUACGAGGUAGAGGUGGAGAAAUUUGACACGAUUGAAAUUCCACUCGGACAUUUCAUCACCUACUGUCAUAGCUGUAACUACACCUGCCACUACCCUUGCUACAUACCAAAAGAUGAGAACAAAAACAACUGUCCUGCAAUGAGAAAUGGAUGCUGCACAGUGUGUCCAGGAAAAUGUGUGUGGAGUGUUCAUAACAGGACGACCCACAGAUGGGAGACUAAACGUGUAAAGGAGAAGAAGACAUACCAAGAGUUUAAGAGGAAAUUUGAAAGAGCAUUCGGAGAGAAGAUGCGCAUAGAACAAAGUAUUGCAAAGUUGGAAAAGGAAUAUCACCAAGUGCAGGGAAAGAUUGUAAAAUUGAUAGAAACUGUAACUAAAUGCCUGAUUCGUCUGAGAGAGAUUGCCCUUCGUCCGGAUCCUUUGGGUACCCCAGACUACAUUGACCUGCUGAUAGAGUCACAGAAACAGGAGGCCAAACCUGGAUUUCACCAGCGCAUCCAAGAGUUACUGGAACUCAGGGAAGGAGCUGAUCUUGUGCAGAAAGUGGCAGAAAACAUUGCACUUGGGACAGAGGCAUCAGGCAAGGCACCGCUGGCCUGCGAGAAAGACUCGUCUCUGCUGCUGUAG